AUGGCUGGAAAGGGGGGACAGAGGAAAGACUUAAAUAGUUGUAAUCCCACUUGCACAUUCCAGAGAGAAGGUUGGAAGUAUUUUAUGUACUGGUCGACCCUCGACCUAUUAAACUUCAAUAACGACCUGCAUUUAAGCCCAGGAAACGGGGGGCAGACCCACAGAAAUAACUCAGGACCGAUGUGUCAGGAGAUUUACCGUAGUCGAGGUGCUGUCGGCCGCUCGAUAAUCAUCAGCAUGGGUCAUGAUAUGUGUGCCACGGUUAGUCGGGCGUCUCAAUUAUGCGCACGCCCGCGCUUCCAUGACUAUGCAGCUCACCAACCGCGGCUGGGUGGGAUGUCUGGCUGCAACCGUCAUUGGCAAGGCCAAAUAUGA